CCACUUUUAGUUUCAGCCGAUGAACAGAUCAACAGGAGAUGGCGUCCAGCAGUGACAUACCACAACCUCGGAGGAGGCAAAGUCUUCCUGAUCCUCCAUUUAUGUUGAACUUGGUGCUGUGUGGGACUGAUGCAGCACUAAAAGCCUCCAUAUCAGAUCUUAUACUGGGCCAGAAGCAGUUCAGUUCCAACCCCAGUCUGGAGCCCAGCUUAACAUGUGUGACAAGAGCUGGAGAAGUGUCUGGAUGCUCAGUUACCCUAGUAGAGAUGCCAGCCCUCUGCAACACACUAUCAGAGCUAUUAGAGGAGGAUGUGAAGUAUGAAGCUCUCCGCUGUGUCUCUCUCUGUGAUCCUGGAGUCAGUGCUUUCCUCUUCAUCGUUCCUGUCGGUCCCCUCACUGAUGAAGACAAAGGAGAAUUGGAGAAGAUCCAGGAACUCUUCAGCUCCAGAGUGAAAGAUAAUAUAAUAGUUAUAUUCACAGCACCUAAUAUUCAACACCCUGUGACGGAUUUUAUUGAAGUUGACCCUGAAGUAAGAAACUUUCUUGCUGUGUGUCAUGAUAGAUAUACACUGCUCAAAAAAAUAAAGGGAACACUCAAAUAACACAAUAUAACUCCAAGUAAAUCAAACUUCUGUG